AUGUCUGCUCGACUGACAUCAACGAAACUUCUCCGACAAGCUUUGAGCAGUACUCGGCGCACCCUCCUCGGCGCCGAGGUCUGCUCACGAAAUGCCGGCGCCGCGACAUUCGGCGCAUACCGAAACGUUUCUAGCGCUGCCCGCCUGCCGACCCUGACAGCAUCGGAAACUCGCCGUCGGCCUACUGUACGGCCAUAUCAGCAGCCUGUGAUUCAAAAUGGAGCCAACGGCAUGUCACCGACGAGCAAGCGCACCAUUUUCAUUCAAACAGAGAACACACCCAACCCUGAUGCUUUGAAGUUCAUCCCCAACCAUCGCGUCCUUCCUGAAGACUUUCCGACUACUUUUCUCGAGUAUCUCUCCCCGCGCUCCACACUCUCUCCGCCCCAUCCCUCCCCACUCGCUGCCAAGCUGCUCGAUGUUGAGGGGGUGACUUCGGUCUUCUACGGUCCCGAUUUCAUCACCGUCACCAAGUCCAGUGAUGCGCAGUGGGCGCACAUCAAGCCCGAAAUAUUCAGCUUAAUUACGCAAGCCGUGACCGCUGGUGAGACAAUCGUCACCACCGUGGAGUCUGUCAAUGCGGAUGGUACACAGGACAGCGCAAGCGACUCUUUGUCUUACAACGAGGAUGAUGACGAGGUCGUCAGCAUGAUCAAGGAACUUCUGGAGACUCGCAUUCGACCAGCGAUUCAGGAAGACGGAGGAGAUAUUGAGCUGAGAGGCUUCGAGGACGGAAUCGUGUUGCUCAAGUUGCGAGGUGCAUGCCGCACCUGCGAUUCAAGUACUGUGACCUUGAAGAACGGUAUCGAGUCGAUGCUGAUGCACUACAUUGAAGAAGUGAAGGGUGUGGAGCAAGUGAUGGAUCCCGAGGAGGAGAUUUCCAUGCACGAAUUUGCCAAGUUCGAGGAGAAGCUGCGUCAGCAGAAAGGCGCUGGUGCCACCGCCAGCAGUCCCAUCGACACUGCACCAUAG